AUUUCACUUUUGAUUUUGGUUCAUGUGUGUGCAUCAUUUGUCGGGUUGUAAAACAGAGUUACAAAAGUAAAGUUAAUGAUGGGGAAUUGCUGCUCGGACGUCGACGGCGGGAUGACGGCUGUUGGUGGCACCGCCCCCUCCACUUCCGCUGCCAAUCAAAACGACGCUGCCGACUGGUACUUUAAGUCUCGUGGCAUGCAAGGCCUCUUCUCUCAGAUCGAGUUAUCGUUUUCUGCUACAAAUUUGCGAGACAGGGAUGUGUUCUCUAAGAGUGAUCCUAUGGUGGUGGUUUAUAUUCAAGAAAGAGAUGGAGCAUUUACAGAAGUAUUUCGCACCGAAGUAGUUCUCAAUUCAUUGAAUCCUACAUGGAUCACAAAGUAUACAAUUACUUAUCAGUUUGAGAUUGUUCAAAUCUUGCUGUUUCGUGUCUUUGAUGUUGACACUCAGUUUCAUAAUGUCGCAGUAAAGAUGCUUAAGCUGGAGGAGCAGCAAUAUCUAGGUGAGGCAAGUUGUGCAUUGUCAGAGAUUGUAAGCAAACCAAACAGGUCAUUAACCUUGGAUCUUGUACAAAGGGAAGAGUCUGUCCCAUCAAUCCAUUCCCAACACCGCGGAAAGCUUACUGUGCAUGCUGAGGAAUGCUUUAGCUCAAAGACUACAGCAGAGAUGACAUUGAAGUGUUUAAAUUUGGAAUCCAAGGAUCUUUUCUCAAAAACUGAUCCCUUUUUGGUAAUAUCAAAAGUCGUUGAGAAUGGGAUUUCUAUUCCUGUUUGUAAAACUGAAGUCUUAAAGAAUGAUCUCAACCCAACAUGGAAGUCAGUGUUUUUAAAUAUCGAACAAAUCGGAAGCAAGGAUAUUCCACUAGUGAUAGAGUGUUUUGACUUCAACAGCAAUGGCAAGCACGAACUAAUCGGAAAAGUGCAUAAGUCACUAGCAGAUUUGGAAAAGCUUCAUUCUGCAAGGGAAGGAGAAAAUUUAUUUUUGCCAACUCUGGUUGGGCAUGAUAACCAGCACAAGGUUUUAAAAAGCAAGCUUUUUGUGGAAAAAUAUUCUGAGACUGUCCAAUAUACCUUCCUGGAUUACCUAGCCGGGGGGUUUGAGCUGAACUUUAUGGUUGCCGUUGAUUUCACUGCUUCAAAUGGCAACCCCCGCCUCCCGGAUUCCUUGCAUUAUAUUGAUCCAUCAGGACGGCUGAAUGCAUACCAGAAAGCAAUCUAUGAGGUUGGAGAGGUAUUGCAGUUUUAUGAUGCAGACAAGCGCUUUCCCGCUUGGGGAUUCGGAGCACGCCCCAUUGAUGGUCCAGUUUCUCAUUGUUUCAACUUGAAUGGAAGCAGCAACUACUGCGAGGUUGAAGGAAUCCGAGGAAUUAUGAUGGCCUAUACCAGUGCACUCUUUAACGUGUCUCUUGCAGGGCCAACACUGUUUGGCCAUGUGAUUAACAGAGCUGCAAUGAUUGCCAGCCAAUCCCUGGCCCAUGAUGCUAAAAAAUACUUUGUUUUGUUGAUAAUCACGGAUGGGGUAAUAACUGAUCUGCAAGAAACCAAAGAUGCCCUGGUCAAGGCAUCGGAUCUCCCAUUGUCAAUCCUCAUCGUUGGCGUUGGGGGAGCCGACUUCAAAGAAAUGGAGAUUUUAGAUGCAGACAAGGGGGAAAGACUGGAAAGCUCGACCGGACGAGUUGCUUCCCGAGAUAUCGUUCAAUUUGUUCCGUUCAGGGAUGUACAGAACGGAAGGACUUGUGUUGUCCAAUCACUUCUGGCAGAACUACCAACACAAUUUUUAACCUACAUGCGAAGCAGAGAUAUCAAACCAAACAGUUAGUUUUCAUAAAUAUAAAGAUUGUGCAUAUCGAAAUUAUUUUUUCGGAUUUCGAAAGCCUUGAGUUCGCUUCUUGUAAACGCUGUGCGCUUAAACUUGCCUAAAGAGACGGCGUAAUGUAUAUCGGCAUUGUGGCGUUGGGUUGAAGAUUCAUCUGUCAACAUUAAGAGGAUUAUCGGCGCGUUGGUUUUCAUGUCCACCGUCCACGAUGGGUGGCAUAGAGACUGAUUUAUAAUUGGCGACUACCAAGGAAAGAGUGGCAAAAACAAUGGAAAAUUAUUCGGGUUUUACCUAUCCAUAAAUCACAUGUAUUUAAGUAUCUUGAAAUUACAAUAA